UCAAAGGUCUUUCCCGGCCCUCUCCACUGUGUAACUUAAUUUAUUUCGAAGCAGUGGCUCUGCCAGUCAUUGUUAUUUACAAUUAACAGUUAAAUACAGUUGAAUGGCCUCUUUUGAGUUUUCAUAGAGGACGUCAUUUUGUUUAUUUUACUUAUCCAUCACUUUUUAGUUUUGUUGUGAAAUUGUAUCGUCCGGUUAGCUCUAGAAGAAUCUUCAGGGUCAUCGCUAACGUUACACAACAUUUACUCACUGACAUAACGUUGUCUAACUGGCUCGCUAGCCUCCGCGUCUGAUAAUCGUGGACAGUUCUUCACCACUGGACAUGAGAAGUUUGCCCUAUUUCUGCCGGGGACAAGUCAUCCGAGGGUUUGGAAGGGGAAGUAAAGAGCUUGGUAUUCCCACAGCAAACUUCCAAGACUCUGUGGUGGACAGUCUUCCUGCUGACUUGAGCACUGGCAUUUACUAUGGCUGGGGACGUGUGGGAAAUGGGGAUAUCCACAAAAUGGUGAUGAGUAUUGGCUGGAACCCAUACUACAAAAACAUAAAGAAAUCAAUGGAAACCCAUUUGAUCCACAAAUUUAAAGAGGAUUUCUAUGGCCAGAUGCUAAGUAUAGUUAUGGUGGGCUACAUUCGCCCAGAGAGAGGAUUCAGUUCGAUUGAUGAAUUAAUAACAGCAAUUCAUAGUGACAUUGAAGAGGCGAAGAGGAAGCUGGACCUGCCUGAGCACUUGAAACUGAAAGAGGACAACUUUUUCAGGGCCUCCAUAUCCACAACGAGCAGUCAGCUCAUGAAUGGUCACUGACCUCUGAACCUGUCACUUGUCCCAUCCUGCAUCUUACAUCUUCUUGGGGUAAAGCCACUGUAACAUUUAUGCAUUAAACCUUAAAAAAAAAACCCAAUCAAACAAAAAAAAAACCUAGAACAUUUUAUCCAGGUAGUUUACAUGUUUGUCACUUUGGCACGCUUGAACAGUGCUGGCACUGAAAGUGAAUUUUCUUACUCUACUUAUUUCAACAGUCAUUCUUUAUAGAAGCUUUAUAGAAGACAACAUGCACAAGGAAUGCAGUUCCAUUUGGUUUUAUACAAGGAAAGUUUAAUAAUGUCACGUAAAAUCCUCAACUUGGGCAAAAGGUCCUCAAAUGAGAAACAAAACCUCCCAUCACUGUGGAACUCUUAGGAAGGACUACAUAGCAGACAACUGAGAGAACUCCACAACAUUACAAUUGGUUUAGUCUGUUGUAACAGUUUAGUCUUUUGUAACACUGAUACCACAGAGUGUACUCGCUCUCUAUCACGUGACUGAUAAGAAGUAUGAAAAGCUUUGUAGUCACACACACGGCCUUUGGUUCGCUGGGGAAUCUUUUUGUGAUAAGUGGAUAAUUAUGCUGUUUAGUCAGAAAUGAAGAUCCCUUAAUACGGAGAAAAUUAGCUAUAAUUUAUUGUUCUAUCUAAACUCAAGUUUAGUUGCAAGGCCAGCGUACCUGAAACUGGUACUAAUACGCUUGUUACACAGACAGUUCUAAGUUGAUGAAUUAAAGACACAGCAGUUAAGAAUGGCUUUACAGCUGUUACAACUGUUCAUAAUUUUAUCAAUCUGAAUGAAUUGUGAUGGUCUUAUGAAUAUUUGAGUGUUUAGCAAAGUUGUAUAAAUAUCCUCAGAUGUAUUUUUUAAAUUAGUCAUUGCCCUCUAAAUAAUUUUUUCUCUCUUAUACAUAGUUAAUGUGAGUGACUUAACAUUUUUAUUUUCUUUAUUCACAUGAAUGACAUUCAAGCAGGAUUUCCACAGAAUAUAUUUGACCUUUGUAAUAAAAAAAAUAUACAGGCACCUAUUUGAUGAUAGUACACAUCCACCCAAAUAGAAAUAGAAACUGCACACAAACUGUCCAAAAAAGAAAGUAAUUUGUCCAGGAGAUGUAAUGGCUUCUUUACAUCUAUGUGCAGGCAUCAUGCUAUCAUGUCAUCUGCCUGCUACACUGGUCUAUAGCCACACAGGUAAUCACUCAAAGGCUAAUCACAUAGAGUGCAGUUCCAGAAUGCAUUCCAUUUUGUAACAUACCUACUUUGUCAACAUCAUGUGGCUUGACAAAUUGUAGGUGUUUCCUUUAAGUGGGCAUUAUGUAUUUUAGGGUAAAAAAUGCUGCUAACACUACUUAUUCUUUUAGGACACAAUCCCUUGUGCUUUAGUUGUUUCGGGGGGUUUGUUGUUCGUUUGUUUUGUUUUUUGGGUUUUUUGUUGUUUUGGAAGGUUUUCCUUGUUGUUGUUGUUGUUUAAAGUAGAUUAGGACCUCAAAUAAUUUAGGAUGUGGAUCAUAAAUUGUGUUCCAAACUGGUGGAUUUUACAUUGAAUGUUGUCUGUUCAAAAGGAACUUGUAAUUGCACAGUGUCUUUUCAGUAGUAUAUUUAUUUUCUCAUCUUAUGUGUAAGGUGGGCUGUACUGCUUGUUUCUGAUCAUAAACCAGGUAUGUUUUGAAUGAUACCAUGUUGUGUAUGUGUCAGCCAUGCAGUUUACUGUUCAGCUCCACUUGACAUGCAGGUGCAUAACUGUUUUAGUUCCUGCAUUUGCAUGUCCUCGGGGUCACAUUCUGAAAGGCUCACAUAGUAUUUAUGUAGUUUGCUGUAAGUCCACUGUGGUGCCUAAAAUAUGAAAAUGGCAACAAUACACAUCAGUGAAGCCCAGCUUGGUAUUACCACAAGUCCAUUCAUAAUAGCAUUAGCUUUAAUCUAAUAGUAUAAAUUAGAUCACUGUAUUGCAAGCAACAUUUAAGAUAAGUAAGGUUACUGUUCCUUCUUGCAUGAUCGGACGGUACCUAAUCUUGAGGCAUGCCUUUAGCCCCGAAAUGGAGGCUGUGAAAAUUAUUUUACUGACAAAACAAAUCUGCAGAUAAGAGAUAAGAAUCCCUCUGUUGGUGCUGGCCUGGUUCUGGCCUGUUGGUGCUGGCCCGGGUUCCCCUAGGGUUAAGCACCCUAGCUGGUCCUCACCCCAGCAGCCAUACUGCCCCAAGAAGCAUAACACUCAAGUAGAUUUGUAGAGAUGGUGCAUAACAUGGUAAUAUCACAGACAACACUCAACGGACAUGUUUAUAAACAUGGGAUAUUACUAUAUUGAAAGGUAUUUAAAGUUUUGAGUACAUUUUGAAGCUCAAGUGCACUGUUCUUUUAAAAUGAUGUGCUGAUUAGAAAAUGCAAAGUCAAAUCUGAUCCCAUAUUCUGCAAGUCUUGUGUUGUGGACUGAAGCUGAAUGAUCGGUUACACAUGCUGUAUGUCUGUCCAGCUUUGAGUUCCUUCCUCAUUAAAUGUUUUAAACAUGUCCUUGCCUGUACCAUGCAUUUCCCAGACUGCUUAUGUUACUGCAUGUUCUGCUGAGUCAGCUCCAAUGUCUUCAUCAUAUUAAGACUAGUUCUUGCUGUUUUUAAUAGUUGUACUGGAGAUUUGGGAUCAAUCCUUUCUAUUAUGGAGAGAGUUCUGUAUUAUGGAUCUAGUGGCAUCAAAGUACAGGAUGGGAUGGUGAUUUCAAUAAAUUAUUACUUAAGGAUAA